AUGAUAAACAAUAUGACACAUCCCUACAUUUCAUUUUUCUACUUGGUUGGUAUUCCUGGCUUGGAAAAAUUUCACUGCUUCAUCAGCAUCCCUGUGUGCUUCCUGUUUGUCUUGACCUUGGUGGGAAAUAGCAUAAUCAUUGUGACUGUCAAACUAGAACCAAGCCUCCACCAGCCUAUGUUUUUCUUCCUUUGUAUGUUGGCAACAAAUGACAUGUUUCUUACUUGCUCCACGGCCUUGAAAAUGCUUGCGAUUUUCUGGUUUGAUGAACACUGGAUUGAAUUUGAUGCCUGUCUAACACAAAUGUACUUUAUCCACACACUUUGCAUUUUUGAGUCAGGCAUCCUAGUGGCCAUGGCUUUUGAUCGCUUUGUGGCCAUUUGCAUCCCACUACACUACUCAACUAUCCUUACAACAUCUAUGGUUAUUAAACUGGGUUUAGUUGGCUUGAGCAGAGCUCUGUUCAUGGUUCUGCCAGGUCCUCUUCUCAUUAAGAGACUGCCCUACUACACAAGCUAUGUCAUUCCUCAUGCUUACUGUGAACACAUGGCUGUGGUGAAGUUGGCCAGUGCCAACACUCGCAUUAACAGAGCUUACGGAAUCUCAGUGGCAAUUUCAGUAACAAUAUUGGACAUAUGGCUCAUAGCCACAUCCUAUAUAAAAAUUCUCCAAGCAGUUUUCCGGCUCUCUUCCAAAAAUGCCCGCUCUAAAGCCCUGGGCACCUGUGCUGCCCAUGUCUGCACCAUUCUUGCCUUCUAUUCACCUGCACUGUUCAGCUUCCUAACACAUCGCAUUGGCAAGCAUGUGUCUCCAAGUGUCCACAUCAUCCUGGCAAGCAUGUACCUUCUAGUACCCCCCUCAGUCAAUCCCUUGGUGUAUGGUGUCAAGACAAAACAGAUUCGGGAUCGAGUGCUGAGUCUCUUCUCACCCUUGAAAAUUACUGUAUACUAA